AAUAUAAAUUCUUCUCUCUCUGUCUCUCUCUCUCUCGCUCUCGCUAUCUCUGUCUCUACUCUCUUUUUCUUAAUUUUACCAAAACGAGAUGACCCUGCAGCGUCUUUGAAUCUUCUUUACCAAAUCAACUAAUGCCGUUUCGGUCGAACUUGAAUGCUUUGCUUUCCUCCUUAUUUCUUUCUUCUUUUGCUUGUUUUUCCUUUUUAUGGGUACAUCGCACCAUAUUUACCCUGAGUAGACGAUCGUUGAAUUUGGAAUAAAAGGCUUUUCCUUGUCUUCUUAUGUUCUUCUUAUGUUUGUGGCCGCAAAAUAAAGAGAGGGAUCUAUCAAACUGCCGUGUUCUAAAGCUUUUCCGGUGCUUCAUCCUAAAGUCUACAGAAUAGGAGGAGGAAGAAAAGAAAACUACUCAGCUGAUUGAAGCUGCACAAAGUACUUGGGAGUAUUUAAUCAUGGUGAGAGGAAAAAUUCAGUUGAGGCGAAUUGAGAAUACGACAAGCCGGCAAGUCACCUUCUCGAAGCGCCGGAACGGGUUGCUUAAGAAGGCUUACGAGCUCUCGGUCCUCUGUGACGCCGAAGUGGCUGUGAUCAUUUUUUCGCAGAAAGGAAGGCUUUACGAGUUCUCGAGCAAUUCCGAAAUCCAAAAGACAAUUGAUCGAUAUCGUAGAUCUACAUAUGAUAUGGAUACAUACAAGACUAAUUUGGACCAAUGUAUUCUGCAUUUGAAGCAAGAAACCACAGAUAUGGAGAGGAAGAUUGAGCUUCUUGAAGUGUCUCUACGGAAGCUAUCAGGAGAAUGUCUUGGAUCUUGUUCCAUUGACGAAAUCCAAAUGAUAGGGGAUCAGCUCGAGCGAAGUUUGAGCAGCAUUAGGGCAAGAAAGGCGCAAUUAUUCGAUGAUCAGAUACAGCACUUACAAGCAAAGGAGAGGUCUCUGAAAGAAGAGAAUGCAAAGCUUCUUGCAAAGUGUCUUGCAAAUCCUGGGCAGUCAACAGCUCAUCCGAGAGCAGCAGCACUACAUAGCCGGAGCAGCCGGAGUACAGAUGUUGAGACCGGGUUGUUUAUUGGAUUGCCAGAGUUAAACUGAUUUGCCAUCACCUGACACAAGUGUAAUAAUACCUGUUCAAUAGGAUAUAAUAAGAAUCACUGCAAUAUCACUCAGUAAUAUCUUUAUUCAGCUGGAUUCUCCUUAGCACUGUCAUGACAACAUAUUCAUGGGAUUCACGGCAGUCAUUUAAAUAAUCAGCGAGUGAGAUUAGCUAA